AAUUAGCAUACCAAAUAUCCGAAUCAUUUGAAUCUCUGGGUUCUAUAAUUGGUGUUCGAUGUGCUGUUAUAAUUGGUGGAAUGGAUAUGAUGUCACAAGCAAUUGCUCUGUCCAAAAAACCCCACAUUAUUAUAGCUACUCCUGGGAGAUUACAUGAUCAUUUGGAAAACACAAAAGGAUUUAGUUUGAGAAACUUGAAAUAUUUGGUUAUGGACGAAGCUGAUAAAUUAUUGGAUAUGGAUUUUGGACCAGUUAUUGAUAAAAUUUUAAAAGUGAUCCCUAAAGAACGUCAUACUUAUCUCUUUUCUGCUACUAUGACAACUAAAGUGGCAAAAUUACAACGUGCUUCUCUAAAUAGCCUGGAUAUACCACUCGUAGAUGUGGUAAUUAAUUAUGACAUUCCAUCAAAUAGCAAAGAUUAUAUACAUAGGGUAGGACGAACAGCUCGUGCAGGAAGAUCCGGUAAAUCCAUCACUUUGGUUACUCAAUAUGACGUAGAGUUCUAUCAACGUAUUGAACAAGUGAUCGGAAAGCAGAUGGAACUAUUUCCAAUCGGUAGUAAAGAAGACGUUUUGCUGCUUCAAGAACGUGUUUCUGAGGCACAGAGAAUUGCUACUUUAGAAAUGAAGGAAGAACAGCAACAAAAGAAGGGAAGCAAAAGAGUUAAAAGUGAAGGAAAUGAUGAUUAUAAAGAUAGGGAAGAUAGAGAUCUUGUCGUGUCUAAUAAGUUGAGUAAAAAAGCAAAGAGAGUCAGGAGAUGA